UUUUUUGUGUUCGCUUUCAUGUGACUCACUUACGAGAAAUACAGACUCCAAAUAACACAUCCUGGAAUAACCUGAAGUUUCUCUGACAUUAUAAUGUACAGUUUCCUACAAGCAAACUCAGCCUGCAGCAAAGCAAUACUUUGUCUGUGCAUUAUAGGUGCUGUAGCGCUCUGUCGUUCAGAAGACAGGAGCGCUGAACAACCGCCUAAAGACCCAGUGGACUGUUCACAGUCUGAAUGGUCCCCAUGGACUCGCUGUGACCCCUGCCUUAAGAAGAGGUAUCGCUACGCCACGCUGGUGCAGCCGUCUGAGUUUGGAGGAGAUCCGUGUCAUGAUCAGGGCCGAGAGGAGGAACCCUGCACCGCUGCGUCGAGAUACUCCUGCCAGAGACACACUCCUCCAUGCCAGGGCUUUCGCUGCACCGUCACAGGUCGCUGUGUGCUGGAGGCUCUGCGCUGUAACGCUGAUGAUGACUGCGGGGAUGGCUCUGAUGAACUGGGCUGUAAAAAGGUGUACAAAGCCUGUAAUCAGCCAACCCAGGAGUAUUAUGGAAUCGAGAAUCUUGCCAAAGGAUUCAACAUUUUGAAUGGUAAACUGGAAGCAGUGGUGCUCGAUAACCGAUACUACGCUGGCGGCUGCUUGCCUCAUUUCAUCCAAGAUGUUCGCUACAGGAAGCCGUAUAAUAUACAACAGUACACAAUAGAGACAAAAGGCUCUUAUGAUUUCACACUGGAGGCAUAUGAAUCUUACAGUGAAUACUCCAAGAGUGAAACAAAGGCAACUUUGUCCAAGACCAGCGUCUCAUUUGGAAUUGCUAUUCCUAAUACUUUUGAGUUCAGUUUUAAAUAUAAUGACCAAAAGUACAAGAAGACAGUGACGAAGAUGCGCAACUUUUCUGGGACGAAAAAGAAAUUUCUCCGAGCUCACUCUGAACUUGAGGUAGCGCGCUAUUCUUUAAAAACAUCAGACCUGAUGUUACACCCUGAAUUCAUGUCCCGCUUGCAAGCCCUGCCACUGGAAUACACAUACGGAGAAUAUCGGCAGCUCUACAGUGACUACGGGACACAUUUCAUCAGAGAGGCGACUCUUGGUGGAGAUUUCGAAUAUACUAUUGUCCUCAAUGAUGAGACAUUAGAGAAAUCUGACUACAAGCUUGAAGAUAUCAAGAACUGUGUACAAGUUGGGCUUAAAGUUGGAGGCGCAAUUCAGGGGGUGUAUUUGGGGGUAGGAUUUUCAGUUGGUGGCUGUAAAGGCCUACUGGACGAGCUUGGAGAUUCCAGUAAAACGGGGGAAAUGGUGGAAGAUGUGUUUAUUGUGGUCAGAGGUGGUGACAGUGAAACAGUCUCCCGUCUUGCUGCAAAACAGCUGCCAACUCCAGACAUCAUGCAGCUGUGGGGCGAUGCUGUGUUCUACAAUCCAGAUUUUAUUAGCAAAAAGAUAGAACCCCUCCAUGAGUUGGUGCCGUCCCGUGACCCAAAUGCUAACAUCCUGAAGAAAAACCUGAAGAGAGCUCUGGCAGAGUACCUGAAAGAAACCAGCUCCUGUCGCUGCUCGCCCUGUCUCAAUAACGGCAUAGCAGUGCUCAAAGGCACAAGGUGUGUUUGUAUUUGCCCAGCUGGGUUCAGAGGAGUGAGCUGUGAGAUAACCAAACGAAAAGCAUCAGCAGUAGAUGGCAGUUGGAGCUGUUGGUCUUCAUGGUCCACCUGCUCACGAAAAACCCAGAAACGCACCCGUCAGUGUAACAAUCCAGCGCCGCAGAACGGAGGAGUUACAUGCCCUGGGCCAGAAGAGGAAUCAGCUGAUUGCUUCUAAAAUAUCUGCCAUUUAUUUGUUUCACAAUUAACAGUAAUACUGUAAAAACAAUUUAUAGCAUUGUUUUUAAAUGGAUAAUGCAUAAUGACAAAUAUGGUGGGCAUAUGCACGUAAACAAUUUAGUUGUAAUAAAAGGAAAAA